AGUUGCAACAACCAUCAUGUUUCCUCCCCCCCCUGGUCGAAUAACAGUGCUUUAGGAUGCUGGAGAAAAGCAGUAACGUAUCAUCAGGACCAGAAGUCUGAGUGGGAUGGAGACACAGAGUGAGAUGUAAAUGGGGAAGCAGCAGUGUCACCAAGAGAAAGUGACUGCCCAUACAACUUUAAAGUGCUUUGCAUUAAAACACAAACAGCAUCACUUCUCUCUAAAGUAAUCCAUUACUGACAAUUAAUGUCAAACUGCACGCUGGAGCAGCUUCAUGCUGCCUCGCUAGGUGUAACAUUGCUAAUGGAGAGAAAACCUUAUAAGGUCCAGCUAAUCAAAAUACACCUACAUGCAGCAUAAUGCCUUCAAAAGUGUCAUGUUUAUACCUGUUGACAGUGGUUUGCUGGGCGAGCGCUCUGUGGUACUUGAGUAUAUCUCGCCCAACAUCCACUUAUGUUGGUCACAUGUCUGUGCCUAUACGUAAGGCAGCAAAACCCCCAAAAAACAUCACCUUCACCAACAUCCACACCCGCACCCUUAACCCACAUGCCUUUGAAUUUGUAAUCAAUGAGCCGAAGAAGUGCGAAAGUGCCGCUCCCUUCCUGGUCAUCCUCAUUAGCACCACGCACAAGGAGUUUGACGCGCGGCAGUCAAUUCGGGAGACCUGGGGGGAUGAGAGCACCUUCGGCGACAUCCGCAUCCUCACCAUCUUUCUGCUGGGCAGGAACACGGACCCUGUCCUGAACCAGAUGGUGGAGCAGGAGAGCCAGAUCUUCCACGAUAUUGUGGUGGAGAACUUUAUUGAUUCCUACCACAACCUCACCCUCAAGACCAUGAUGGGCAUGCGCUGGGUGGCUACCUUCUGCCCCAAUGCGCAGUAUGUCAUGAAGACCGACAGCGACAUCUUUGUCAACAUGGAUAAUCUGAUCUACAAGCUCUUGAAGCCCACCACCAAGCCAAGAAGGAGAUAUUUCACUGGCUAUGUUAUAAAUGGUGGUCCUAUAAGGGAUAUGCGCAGUAAAUGGUACAUGUCCAGGGACUUGUAUCCUGACAGUAAAUACCCACCCUUCUGCUCGGGCACUGGCUAUGUGUUCUCUGCUGACGUUGCUGAGUUGAUCUUCCAGACGUCAUUACACACAAGACUAUUGCACCUGGAGGAUGUGUAUGUGGGACUGUGUUUGCGUAAACUGGGUAUACACCCGUAUCAGAACAGUGGUUUUAAUCACUGGAAAAUGGCCUACAGUCUGUGCAGGUACAGGCGGGUUAUCACCGUGCACCAGAUCUCCCCAGAGGAGAUGCACCGCAUUUGGAACGACAUGUCCAGCAAGAAGCACCUGAGGUGUUAGGGGGCACGAGGGCCACGCACUUUUUUUGUUGUUGCCUUUUUCUCCUUUUAAAUCUCGUCACAAUGAGUAAUGUAAAAACAUUGAGGGCUGCAAGUCUCUAUUUUACGACGGAUGUUUUCAUUAACAUUCAUUUAUUUUCCAUUUCUGCUGAUAAAACCUCACAAGUGUUAAUGAAUGCAUGAGGCUUGUAAAGCGCGUAUUUUCAUGCAUAAUUACAACGUGGUGUUUGUUACUGAAAUAUUGUUUUUCAUGUAUUCCAGGUACAAAUUUAAGCAGAAAAUUCUCUAUAAGCAUUAAGUCAAUGGGCAGAUAGCAUUAAGUAGUGUGGCCUAAUGGGUAGCGAGACUCCAUUUCAACCAGACAACCUUGGUUUAAGCUCACAUUCACAACCUUCUGCCCUGCUAAAGUGUCCUUGAGCAAGACACUGGAUCUCUACCAGCUGCAUGGUUGCUGACUUAGCACCCUGAGAGAAUUUCUGUGCAGGAACAAUAAAGCAUAAAAUUAGUAUCUAUAAUAUCAUACAUUUAAGAAGUAUUAUUUACAAACGAAAGAUGAAUUCCUGAACAAUGAGAGUGCAAAUAGUUAUCAUAUUCAACAACAAACCUAAUUGUCUGGUGAGGUAAAACUACAUUUGCACUCAUGCUGCUCUCCCCUUUUUCAUCUUCAUCAUGAAUGCAAUGGUAUACAAAGCAAAAAAAUAAACUGCAGUGUAUCAUCACUCUCCAAACAGACCAAGUUGAAAGAUAAUUUGAUAUUUUUCUCUUGCAUUGACAAAAAUGAAACCACCCAGCUGUAUUAACAUUUUUAUGAAUUUGCCUGAUGUUUUUAUUUACAUAUCUCGUUAUAAUUUCACUGCCUCUUCUCUAUGAAAAAGAUGAAUGUUUUGUUUUUUCUGCUCUUCGACAUUUUUAUACUUGGUAAUUGUGUGUCUUAGCUAUUAAUCCAGCUGCUGCUCUUGUAUGCUGUUUACGUCAGCAGCUAUUUUAACUCAUCGCCUCAUCACAUAUCAAGAGUAAUACAGCAUCCUGUCGAGCAAGUAUCAGUUUAACUAACUAAGAUCAUUACAGACUGGAUGUAUUAUCAUAUGUAUCUGGCCAAUCAGUAGUUGCUGAAGCACUGCUACUGAAAUCAUGGAAAAAUUCUGUGUUUAUCAGAAAAUGUGACUUUCAUGGCCAAAUAUUUCUUUUCUUUUUUCAAGAGUUUUGUAGUAUUAAAAGCUAAUGUGACAUUUACUGUGAAGGCAUCUAUCCCGCAAGGGGUUGUUAUUAUAUAUUGUAUGUUUUUUAUAUUAAAAAACAAAUCCUUGAGUUCCCUGUUAAAGGGUUA